UCAUCCGCGAAUUACUAAAGAAACCACAGAAUGCUCGGCACCCGGACAUGUGAUACCUCAAGAUGAGUUAACCUUGACUCACGCCUAGGUUUACAGGAUCAGCUGUGAGGUGAGCGGCUGGACCACACCAACGACUCUACUCACGGUUGUGCAGUUCACGGGUCGUCUGUGCACUUUGGCCAUCCGUUGAACUGGAGACUCAGAGGAUGCUGAGAGAUGCAGCAUGUCCUUAACUGGAACCCAGACACCUGCGCUAUCCAUGGAGGAGGCUCUGCCCUUGCAUCAGUUGGUGGUGUGCCCGACGGGAGCUUUGUGGCGACGUUGCCGACGGAGAUGAGUGUGCGAAUCUUCGGCGAGCUGGAUGUGCGCAGCCUGUGCCGUGCUUCACUCGCAUGCAGGCAGUGGAACUGCAUCAUUGAGGGCACUGAGGGCCUGUGGAGGAGUCACUGUCUGAGCAUGCUGGCCAUCUGCCACAGGGAGGUGGACGGGGACAGGCGGGACGGGCUGUCCUGGAAGAUUACUCUCGUGCGGAAUUAUCAGAAGGGCUGCGUGAAAAAACGAUGGCUGAAAGGGAGAUACAGCAAGGUCCGCUCUGCUGAAGACCUGCCCCCGAUCACCAUGUGUCCUAUGGACGUGGAGACCUGGGGUGAGAUACUAGAGGCAGAGCUGGAGAGAUAGCGUUUCAGUCUUUUGGCUCUGUGUGCAGUGACGCUGAGCACAGUAAAAGAAGAAGCACUUAGCAUUCACAUUAUGUCAUGACGUGACAUUUAUUAACAUUUUAAGAGGUGUGUAUGGUAAUCAGUAUAAGACCAUUGUGGAUGAAUAUCAUAAUCAAGAUCAUCACAAACAAUGAGAUUGUUAACCUUUUUAAGACUAUUUAAUAAGGAAUGAUGAUAAUGAAUGCACACAUUGUGUACAAAAUAGUAAAAACAGUGUGAAAUGUAGUUAUUUUUUCCUGAAGUUAAGUUAUGCUGUUGAAAAUGAGAAUGUCAUGUGAUUGAUAUAACCCCCUGGGGCUGUUUUUAAAAGCUAAUAUAUUAAGUCUGUGAUUAAUGAUCUUAUCAAUCUUUGCUUCAUAAGGAGUUUGUUUGUUUUUACUGAUGUUGCAUUUCAGUGACAAAAACACUCAGUUGAACAAUUGUACUGUGCCAUCAUCUAUCUCACUGUGCCACAUAAGGCAAGAUACAAUUCCCAUAUCUGACAAAAGUUAACAAAUGUCUGACUCACUGGACUGUUAACAACAUAGUAGGGACUUUUGCUCUGUGACAAUUUUUACCAUACAUUUUUUCCAUAAAUUAUUCAUUUCAAGAAUUUAAAUGUAGCUGCAUGUUAACUUCAUUGUGACUCCUGGAGAACUAUUCAUUACUUGGUGUUACUACUGGAUUCUGACUUAUUCGUUCAUUGUUUCUUAUUAAGAGCUCUUGUGUAUAUGUUGCAUUAACAAUUCCUUAAUGUCCAUAACACUUUGUAACACAUCUACUUAAUGACUUGAACAAUAUUUGAAUCAGUUUAUGAACUGAAUUAGUGGUUAUCUGGGAUCUGCUCCAGUUUAUGGCACAAGUGCCGCAGUCUUCACUGGGUCAACCUUGUCUGUUACCCUUCUACCUUCAAUUUCUUCUUUCAGACUCUGGAAUUUCCUAAUCUUUCCAUAUUUCCUCUUUUGGAUUUUUACAUAAUGUGGGAUUACCACAUCUAUUGGCAGAGCUGUUUUCUGCAUCUCAUUGACUGUCAGUAUCUCUGAUCUGUCUGUCUUGCUUGUCUGUCUGGCUCUGAAAUCCCAAAUUUGUUUUUUUUUACAUAAAGUUUCCUGAUAGUCAAGAAAAAAUGCUUGAUUCAGUGAUCAUGAAACCACUUUUGUGUGGAUUUGCAAACCAUUUUCCUGCUGGAAGAUCCAACUUCAAACCAGGUUUGUGAUUCAUUUCCUGCAAUAGACAACCAGAUUUUGAUAUGAAACCUUCUGGUGCUGAAGUGUAUGAUGCCAUGUGUUCUGACAAGGUUUCAUGGUUUUUUGGAGUAAAGACAGCGCCACAACACCUAAACUCCACCACCAAACUUCCCAAGCCCUUUUCUGCAUAACAUCCUUCUUUUUCUACCAAAAAGCUCUUUAUUUCCUCUGACCAAAGAAUCCAGUUCCAGUCAACAUUCCAGUAACAUAUAGCAUUCUCCAUGCACUUGUGUUCAUAGAUAUUUGCCAGCAGAGCAUAGUUUGUUAGCAUAGAGGUGGCAUCUUAUUGUACCUCUGCAAUUCUUUGUAGACCUUGGAGAAUUUUUUUGCUUUUCAAACCAUAAUCCCCACUAUGUAUGGGGCCAGGAUACAGUCCUCUUGCAGACAGGUUAAUGACCAAUUUUGGACUCUUUAAUUAUCACCCUAACAGUGGAGUUGGGCUUUAUUUAGGUAUGUAUCUAAUUUUAAUAGCCAUUGCUUGAUUUGUUUACACUUACAUUUUUAGCUUUAACAAGUUAUUGCAUUUUAGCAUUUUGAAUUUUAGCAUUAUCCAGAGUGACUUGUUUACAUGAUUGAUGAUGGUGGACACUCAGCUGUCUUAUUUCAUCUGUGUCUUUUCUGAUAAGCAAAGGAGUUUAGCCUCUCUGUAACUUUAACUAUAUUCUAGAAAAAUAAGACUAACCCCUUAAAAGGAAUAUUCCAACAAUAAAUUUAAAGAGACAUAUUUUCUUCUGAAAAUAUAAAACCAUUUCAGUAUUGUAAAAUGGUUUCAUAGUGUUUAUUAGCCAAAUGCUCAAUUGCCAGUUGUGCAGGUGGCAUCAUCAUGGUAGGGGAACAUGACCUGUGUAUGACCCCUGGGAGAGCCUUAGGUAAUAGGUUAUUCAUUCAGAACUGUGUGGUCAUUUGGGUGCUUUUUUAUGAGUUGCAUGUUUCAUUUAUGUAUGUAUUCCACUUUUAUCUUAAUAUUGCCUAAAAAUGUUUUGUAAAAAAAAACCAAAAAAAAACUGAAGUGAAAAGCAUUUUCACUGAGUGAAAGCAUUUUUACAUGAUCUCAUUUCUGUUAGCCUACCUAUCGAUAGGAGACUGUAAUUUGGCCCAUUUGAUUCUUCCUUUGCUAAAUACCCUUAUCCUUUUCUGAUUGCUCUCUUCUGUUGUCUGCCUGGUUAUAUCUUAUUUCUGGACUGUUGUUUCGUUUUUGUUUUUUUUUGUUUGUGAUGUUCCCUAGCUCUGUUAAUCUUAUAGUACUGGUUUUGACCCCUGCCUGUAUUUUGACUACCGUGUUGGAUUACCGUGUCCGAUUAACGCAACAUCUCGUUUCAUUCUCGGGCAUCUGGCUUUCUCUGAAACAUUGCACACUUUGUUGCUUUGAUACUUUCCCUCCCCCAGAAUGACACAGGACUCCAGGUGUACAACACCUAAGACCCAGCUACAAACUCUCAUUCCUCUGUCUCUCACAAUAUGGUCUACCUGCGUCAGGAAUGAGUUGACCUUUCUCAUCUGAGCGCUCUUGGAAACAAAAGAGGCUUUCUUUAAGAAAAAAGAACAUAGAAGCAAGAUCAGCCAAAGAGCAAAACAAUCUGUUAAUUAAAAACACCAAAAUAGGAACAGAUUUUUUAAAGUGCUAUAUAACAGGUUUUUCCUUUUUUUCUUUUUAUAUUGACGUUUAACUUUAGACUGUUAGUAGGCCUGCAUUCUGCACAAACCACGGCUAUGUCAAACAACUUUUAAUUAAUUUUCUUAUAUCUUUGGCAUUUAUUUUUGCAUUGAGUAUAUAUAGAGUAACCCACACCUAAUUCUGCAGAUUACUGGAAACGUUUUAAAGAUCAAGUGCAGCAUGACCUGAUGUCUCUUUGCUUUCUAAUAACCUGGUUGGAGUGACCUUAAGACCACCCUGUAUUGGGGAAACUGAGCAAGGAACCAACAGCUUUCAUGUCUUGUUGUAAUAUUGUGGUUAAGUAUGGGAUAACACAACCACUGACCACCACAUACAGACACAUCAACCAGAUUCAUGACCAA